UUAUAGCAAUGAUAGUAUAGAUGAAACAAAUCAAGAUUUAAGUAAGUUUGCAGAAAAACAAACAGAAACUAGUGUUACUACUCAUAGAAAUUAUUUCAACUUUAUUCAGUUCACGAAGCCCAAAAUUACCAUUAAUAAAUCGAAUAUUUGGAUUGAAUCAUUUGAUUCAAAUAUCUCAAAUUUCCUUUCCAUAGAAUCAAAUGUAUAUUUUGGAACCUCAGCUGCUUCGCAUGCUAAAGUUGAAAAGUUAAUUGAAUUACUUAGAAACAAAAAAAAAGAAAUUGAUAAAGUAUUUGAAUCACAACCUGCAUAUUUUAUAGGACUUGAUUUCCAUGAAAGUUCCUCUGUGCCACAUAUUUCUUGUUGGACUACUGAACCACUUGAUAUAUUAAUUUUAGAAAAGCUUGAAGAAUUAUUUGAUAAUGAGUUUGAGGCUAUGAGUUUUGUG